UCUAGAGUGAUUUCAUAUGUAUUAGAUAGUGAAUUCCACUUAAAUACAAAGAUUCAAUUGAAGGUUUUAGUCGUUAACAGGAUGAAGGCUGUAUAUCUAGUGUUACUGUUGGUGGCCGUGACUGCCGCCUUGGACUUAGACCAGCAGUUGGAAAGAGAUGAGAUUAUUGAUGCCGUGAACUCGGGACACUCUACGUGGACGGCAGGCAGAAAUUUCAACCCUUCCAUCACGAAAAAGUACAUUAAACAUUUACUCGGCACGUUCAGGCGGCCGGAAGGAAGCCGACUCCCUGCUUUGGUGGACGAUGGCCUCGAAAUUGAUCUUCCAAAGAACUUCGAUGCUCGUGAGAAGUGGUCCAAGUGCAUCUCUCUCCAAGAAGUUCGGGACCAGGGACCAUGUGGUUCUUGUUGGGCUGUUGGAGCCGCUGCCGCCUUCACGGACCGUUACUGUAUAGCAUCCAAGAUGGCAUUUAAUGGCCACCUGUCCGCCGAAGAGUUACUGAGUUGCUGCUAUGAGUGUGGUGACGGCUGUAAUGGAGGGUUUUCAGACAUGGCUUGGGGAUAUUUUGAAAGCAAUGGGAUUGUCACCGGAGGAGACUAUCACUCUCACGAGGGCUGCCAACCUUACACUCUUCCCACUUGCGAGCAUCAUGUCCCCGGCAAGAGGAAGAACUGUAAGGCUUACGGCAACCUGCCUACUCCUCCCUGCAAAAGCAAAUGCUAUAACAAAAAGUACAAGGAUCAUUCUUUCAUCAAAGACCAUCAUAAAGUAAAGAGUACGUUUUCGAUAAGCAACAACGUGAAACAGACCCAGAAGGAGAUAUUUAAUAACGGUCCUCUGGAAGCAUCGUUCACUGUUUAUGAAGAUUUUCUAAGCUACAAGUCUGGAGUGUACCAGCACACGUCGGGGGGCUACCUGGGAGGUCAUGCCGUUAAAGUGAUAGGCUGGGGGGUGGAGAAGAACGUCCCUUACUGGCUGGUGGCCAAUUCCUGGAACAGUGAUUGGGGCGAUCAUGGUUUCUUCAAGAUCAAGAGAGGAAACGACGAGUGUGGCUUUGAGGAUGACAUGUCUGGCGGUUACCCUGACGUUUAGUUUUUAAACUAUUAAUUAUUUAUCAAUUAUUCAUAUAAUUAAUAAUUUGAGUGACGUUUCUAACACAAAACAGUGCUGACAAUCCUCUGAAAUGAAAUAAUAUCAAUUAAUGUAAUAAUCUUACAUUCCAAAUAACGUCUCUUUAUAGUUUUCAAUAUAUUCAGUAACAAAUAAAAAGGAAGACAACGCAAAUACAAAUUUAUGUAAUAUGUGUAUGAAAUAAAACGAAACUGAAACUUA